GCGCAUCGAGAAUUCAGUAGCUUCACAGCAGCGCCGAGAAGACAUAGCAAUCUGGUUUUGAUACGUCCUGGUUUUGGGUCUCUAGUACUAAAAAUUCAAAGUGCAAAGUUGCUGAUAAGCGCGGCUUGACCCGGGAAAGGCGCUAAAGCAAUGGGAAAAUUUAACAUAACAGUCUUAUGCCUAGUUUUGAUGUUAUGGCUACCCCAUGGACUUUCUAUGGGCAAUAGUUGUUCGGCUUCGGUUAUGGAGGCUCGCAGGUUUUUCGAACUGGAAAAUGAACAAUUGCGAAAGCGUUUCCACGAGGAGUUCUUGUCUGGCUAUAAUUAUAAUACCAAUGUUACGGAGCCGAACCGUCAGGCCAUGAUCGAGAUCUAUGCCCGCAGUGCAGAGCUCAAUAAACGCCUAGCCCAGCAGAUAAAGGCAUCCGAUUAUAUCCAGUCCGAGGAUGCGGAUAUACGCCGACAAGCUGAGCAUCUCUCCAAACUGGGUGCUUCCGCGCUAAAUGCCGAUGACUACUUGGCUCUGCAAAACGCGAUCAGUUCUAUGCAGACAAACUAUGCUACAGUCACAGUGUGCUCAUACACUAAUCGAACUGAUUGCUCCCUUACCCUAGAGCCCCACAUCCAGGAGCGUCUGUCCCACGGUCGAGAUCCUGCAGAACUGGCUUGGUACUGGCGGGAGUGGUACGAUAAGGCUGGAACUCCCAUGCGGGAACACUUCGCUGAGUACGUGCGUCUAACGCGCAAGGCGUCCCAUUUAAACGGUUACCGCUCUUAUGCCGACUACUGGGUGCAGUUCUAUGAGGACGCUGACUUUGAGAACCAAUUGGACGCCACAUUCAAGCAGCUUCUACCCUUCUACAGGCAGCUCCACGGCUACGUACGCUACCGUCUGCGGCAGCACUAUGGCCCUGAUGUGAUGCCAGCAGAAGGCAACAUCCCUAUAAGCCUGCUGGGUAAUAUGUGGGGACAAUCGUGGAACGAACUGCUUGAUCUCUUCACUCCUUACCCGGAGAAGCCUUUUGUAGACGUUAAGGCAGAAAUGGAGAAACAGGGAUACACAGUUCAGAAGCUUUUUGAGCUUGGUGAUCAGUUCUUCCAGUCGCUUGGAAUGCGGGCUUUGCCACCCAGUUUCUGGAAUCUAAGUGUUCUGACCCGUCCCGACGAUCGUCAGGUGGUUUGCCAUGCUUCCGCCUGGGACUUUUACCAAGACAGCGAUGUGAGGAUCAAGAUGUGCACAGAAGUAGACACCCACUACUUUUAUGUUGUACACCACGAACUGGGACACAUCCAGUACUACCUGCAAUACGAACAGCAACCGGCUGUAUAUCGGGGUGCUCCUAAUCCUGGUUUCCACGAGGCCGUGGGCGAUGUCAUCGCGUUGUCAGUAAUGUCCGCAAAACACUUAAAAGCUAUUGGGCUGAUAGAUAAUGGUCGACUAGACGAGAAGAGUCGAAUCAAUCAGUUGUUCAAGCAGGCUCUCUCCAAAAUUGUCUUCUUGCCCUUCGGAUACGCUGUGGAUAAAUAUCGCUAUGCCGUUUUCCGCAAUGAACUAGAUGAAUCUCAAUGGAAUUGCGGCUUCUGGCAGAUGCGUUCUGAGUUUGGCGGCGUUGAGCCACCAGUUUUCCGCACUGAAAAGGACUUUGAUCCACCAGCCAAGUAUCAUAUUGAUGCGGAUGUGGAAUACCUGCGCUACUUUGCCGCCCACAUCUUCCAGUUUCAGUUCCACAAGGCCCUGUGCCGCAAGGCCGGACAAUAUGAUCCCAAUGAUAGUCGCCUAACUUUGGACAACUGUGAUAUCUUUGGCAGCAAGGCUGCUGGUCGAGCAUUAAGCAAGUUCCUCUCCAAUGGCAACUCUCGUCACUGGAAGGAAGUUCUCCAGGAGUUCACGGGCGAGACAGAAAUGGACCCGGCUGCUCUAUUAGAGUACUUUGACCCACUCUACCAGUGGCUCAAGCAAGAAAACAGUCGCCUGGGAGUACCACUGGGUUGGGGACCUACAAACAAGAUUCCUUCUGAUUGCUGUGGAACAUUCAGCACCUAGACUGAGCCAUAAAAAAAUUUGACUUGAGGUCAUUGAGACCCGCAAAAAAAAAUAUGUUUAGAUUGUCAUUAGGAACAAAAAAUAAACACUUUUAAGACCUUUGUAAUUAAUUUCAUAAUUUUGCAAUGAUAUUUAAAUUGAUAUUUAUUGUAUCGAUUCAUUCGUAUCGUUUCUUUCGUUUCAUUAAUAAAUUGCCAUUACAUAAUACA